AUGUCAAAAAAAAAAAAAUUAAAAAAUGGGCAGAGACUCUGGAAGGGCCCUGCACUGGGAGGCAAAGGAAAGGAGUUGCUGAUUAUUGGAGGUUCUUUUGGUCUUUGUGAGUUUUCACAAAUCCAUUAUGAUGCUGUGAAGAUUAAAGUUGAUUCUGAGUUAGAAAAAAAGCUGAAAAUGAAUAAAGUGUCAUUGGAAUCAGAGUAUGAGAAAAUAAAUGACUCCACUUUUGAUGAGUGGAAGAAUAUUCAAGGACCCAGGCCUUGGGAAGAUCCUGACCUUCUCCAAGGAAGAAACCCAGAAAUUCUUAAGACUAAGACAACUUGCCUAUGCUGA